GAGGGCAUGGAUGCAGCCACUGAGACACCAAAACCAGCCUUGCCCCUCUGGCCCCGUCUCCUGCUCCUGCUCCUGCUGCCUUGGGGGAGCAGUGGCAGCUGCCCUGCCCCAUGCGACUGCACCUCCCAGCCCAGGGCUGUACUCUGCGGCCACAGGCGACUGGAGGCUGUGCCUGGUGGCCUCCCGCUGGACGCUGAACUCCUAGACCUGAGUGGGAACCGCCUGUGGGGGCUACAGCGGGGCAUGCUUUCCCGCCUAGGCCUGCUCAGGGAACUAGACCUCAGCCACAACCAGCUGUCCACCUUGGAGCCUGGGGCGUUCCAGGGCCUGCAGCACCUGCUUACCCUGAGGCUGCAGGGCAAUCGUCUACGUAUCGUGGGGCCAGGGGUCUUCUCAGGCCUGUUUGCGCUCACGCUGCUGGACCUGCGCCUCAACCAGAUCGUUCUCUUCCUCGAUGGGACGUUUGCAGAGCUGGGCAACCUUCAGCAGCUGGAGGUUGGGGACAACCACUUGGUGUUUGUGGCACCGGGGGCCUUCACGGGGCUGACCAAGCUGAGCACCCUCACCCUGGAGCGCUGCAACCUCAGCACUGUGCCCGGCCUUGCACUGGCCCGCCUCCCAACCCUGCUGGUCUUGAGGCUCCGGGAAUUGGAUAUUGAGAGGUUGCCGGCGGGGGCCCUCCAGGGGCUGGGGCAGCUUAAAGAGUUGGAGAUCCAUCACUGGCCAUCCUUGGAAGCCCUGGACCCUGGCAGUCUGGCCGGGCUCAACCUUAGCAGCCUGGCCAUUACCCGUUGCAAUCUGAGCUCGGUGCCUUUCCAGGCGCUAUACCACCUGAGCUUCCUCAGGGUCCUGGACCUGUCUCAGAACCCCAUCUCGGCCAUCCCAGCCCGACGCCUCAGCCCCUUGGCACGGCUGCAGGAGCUCCGGCUGUCAGGGGCAUGCCUCACCUCCAUCGCCGCCCAUGCCUUCCACGGCCUGACCGCCUUUCACCUCCUGGACGUGGCCAACAAUGCCCUUCAGACGUUAGAGGAGACGGCCUUCCCUUCUCCGAAUAAGCUGGUCACCCUGAGGCUGUCCGGCAACCCCCUGACCUGCGACUGCCGCCUGCUGUGGCUGCUGCGGCUGCGUCGCCGCCUGGACUUCGGCACCUCCCCACCUGCCUGUGCCGGCCCCCAGCACGUCCAGGGCAAGAGCCUAAGGGACUUCUCGGACAUCCUGCCCCCAGGGCACUUCACCUGCCAGCCAGCCCUGAUCCGGAAAUCCGGGCCUCGGUGGGUCAUCGCUGAGGAGGGGGGACAUGCCAUGUUCUCCUGCUCCGGAGAUGGUGACCCAGCCCCCACAGUCUCCUGGAGGAGGCCCCAAGGGGCAUGGCUGGGAAGGACUGGGAGAAUCAGGGUCCUGGCCGAUGGGACGCUAGAUAUCCGCUCGGUGCAGCUACGGGACAGAGGGGCCUAUGUCUGUGUGGUCAGCAACGUAGCCGGGAAUGACUCCCUGAGGACCUGGCUGGAGGUGAUCCACGUGCAAACGCCCAACGGCACUCUCUCAGACCCCAACAUCACCAUGCCUGGGAUCCCCCGGCCUUUCUUCCUGGAUGGCAGAGGUGUGGCCAUGGUGCUGGCCGUCGGCUUCCUCCCCUUCCUCACCUCAGUGACUCUCUGCUUUGGCCUGAUUGCCCUCUGGAGCAAGGGCAAGGGCCGGGUCAAGCACCACGUGACCUUUGACUUCGUGGCCCCUCGGCCUUCUGGGGAUAAGAACUCUGGGGGUAACCGCGUCACUGCCAAGCUCUUCUGA